AUGCCCAAGUUAGUCGAGAAACUUCGACAAAAUCCAAUGGCCAUCGUAGUCUCGGCUUUCGCUGCCUUUGGUGGCUUCUUGUAUGGUUACGAUACUGGUACGAUUUCUGGAAUCAUCGAUAUGAACUAUUUUCUUCAGACCUUUGGUACUCGCCAGUCAAGUGGGACGUAUCAGCUUACUUCGCAGGACAAGAGUUUGAUUGUGUCUAUUCUAUCAGCAGGUACAUUUUUUGGUGCAUUGCUUGGUUAUCCAUCCGGUGAUUUUCUCGGUCGCCGUUGGGGAUUAAUUAUAGCAUGCUUAAUUUUCUCAAUCGGUGUUUCGUUUCAAGUCGCUGCUACCAAACUUCCUCUAUUCGUUGUAGGACGUGUUGUUGCAGGACUCGGUGUUGGCAUAAUUUCAUGUAUCGUUCCUAUGUAUCAAUCGGAAUGUGCUCCUAAAUGGAUUCGAGGCACUAUCGUUUCGGCUUAUCAAUGGUUCAUUACAAUAGGUCUUCUUGUUGCUGCCAUUGCCAACAAUGGGACCAAAGACAUUCAAUCUUAUGCUUGUUAUCAAAUUCCCAUUGGUAUCCAAUUAAUUUGGGCUGCUAUACUUUCUGUUGGUAUGUUUUUUCUUCCUGAAUCGCCCAGAUAUCUUGUUAUGAAGGGUCACAUUGACCGGGCUUAUCAAUCACAAGCAAAACUCAAUUGGAGCACAGUCGAUGAUCAAAACGUCGACACUGAUAUUAAACAGAUCAUUGCCAACAGGGAGUUAAUGUCGAAAUACGGUUCGGGUACUUAUGUUGACUGUUUCAAAAUGGGACCACAAAAGAAUCUUCUUCGUACUUUGGUCGGUAUUUUUCUGCAAGCAUGGCAACAGUUAACUGGCAUCAACUUCAUCUUUUAUUAUGGUACAUACUUCUUUCAUUCUUCCGGCAUUAAACAACCUUUUUUGAUAACGAUUGUGACAAACAUUAUCAAUGUUGGUAUGACAAUUCCUGGCAUGUUGCUCAUGGACAAACUUGGUCGACGUAAAAUUCUCAUUAUUGGCGCUGGUGGUAUGUUGGUCUGUGAAUAUAUUAUUGCUAUCAUUGGUACCAUUGUCGGCCAAUCGAACGAAACAGCUCAAAAGACGCUUAUUUCAUUCGUUUGUAUCUAUAUCGCCUUCUUCGCUUCUUCAUGGGGUCCGACUGCAUGGGUCGUUACAGGUGAACUUUUUCCUUUAGCUAUUCGAGCGAAGUGUAUGUCGCUAUCGAGUGCUUCCAAUUGGCUGUGGAAUUUUGCUCUUGGCUAUGCGACACCAUACAUGGUCGAUCCAGACAAAGGAAACAUGGGCUCCAAAGUGUUCUUUGUCUGGGGUUCAGCGUGUGUAGGCUGUCUUCUCUUUGCUAUCUUCUGCAUUUGGGAGACAAAAGGUUUAUCACUCGAACAAAUUGAUUAUCUUAUUUGUAAUUCAUCGCCCAUGUCAUCUGCCAAAGUCAACAGUGCAUUACGAGCAGGUACUAUUUUAGAGGAUGAUUUGGUCAGUGACGAACCCAAACACUUUCCGAAGAAAACAUACGAUGCCGAUAUUCAAAUGCCUACUAUUUCAGGACUCGUAAAAACUACAAAUGUAAACGUUAACGAUUCAACAAUCAUGGCAGAAAGACUUUGA